CAAACCGUCAGAGUUGGAGAUAGGACAAAAGAAUUUGUCUGACAGAGCAGGCAAACAAGGAUAUGCCUCAACAACCGGUUGGUGCGCAAAAUUGGAUGGACAAAUGGCAUUCGGAAAUUGGCCGGAAGUGCUAAGUUUUCAAGAGAUUGCAAAACUGGAAGCAAAAGCCCUUCUGCUUGACCUUCGGAGUUUCGCAAAAUUGUUGGAGGGUUUUUGGAUUCUAGUGUUUAUAGACAGUCGUACAGCACUAGCGACAAUGAAGUUAGCCGGAAAAUGCUGGUGGCAAAAAGAAGCCUACAGAAACUU